AUGUCGAACCCUAAGUUUACACUGGCAGAGGGCCAGCCAAUUUCGGAUCCUUCUGUUAGCACCACGCUGCCUAUCUUUGGAGGCGGGGGCAUCACGACGCUUGGAGAUACACUUCUGCUCGAAACUCUCGCACACUUCAAUCGCGAGCGCAUUCCGGAAAGAGUGGUUCAUGCGAAAGCUUCGGGUGCUUGGGGUGAAUUCGAGGUCACUAAUGACAUUUCCUCGCUCACAUCAGCUAAAUUCCUCAACGGCGUUGGGAAGAAGACAAAAGUCUUGUGCCGUCUGAGCACCACUGGCGGUGAAAAGGGAAGCGCAGACACCGUCCGUGAUGUCCGUGGCUUUUCCGUCAAGUUCUACACAGAGGAAGGCAAUCACGACAUCGUCGGCAACCACAUUCCCGUGUUCUUCGUGCGAGAUCCGAUUCGCUUCCCAUCCCUAAAUAGAAGCCACAAAAAGCACCCCGCUACAAAUCGGCCUGACUGGACUAUGUUCUGGGACUUCCAUGUCAACCAACCGGAAAGUGUGCAUACACUCAUGCAUUUGUUUGGCUCUCGUGGCAUUCCUGAUUCGAUCCGUCGUGUCACUGGCUUUGGCGUGCAUACUUACAAGAUGGUGGCUGAGAACGGCAGUUUCCGCUACUGUAAGUUUCACUUUCGGCCGGUCCAGAGCAUGACCCAUUUCUCUGGACCGGAAGCCACUCGCAUCGCUGGCGUAAAUGCCGAUUAUCACAGCCAAGAUUUGGCGGAUGGUAUUGCCCGUGGGGAGUUCCCAGUUUGGAAAUUAUGUGUGCAGGUGAUGGAGCCCGAGCGAGCUGAGACUUACGGUCGUGGUCUGUUCGACAUCACCAAAGUCUGGCCACACAAGGAGUUCCCAUUGAUUGAAGUCGGUAAAAUGACUUUGAAUCAAAAUCCUGAGAAUUAUUUUGCCGAGAUUGAACAAGCUGCGUUCUCGCCAUCCAACAUGGUCCCCGGUAUUGCAAUGACUCCCGAUCCGAUGUUGCAAGCGCGUAUGUUUGCUUAUCCCGACGCUCAACGAUACCGCCUGGGAGUGAACUACACCCAACUCCCUCCCAAUCGCGCUAUCUGCCCGGUCUUCCAUCCCUUCGAGCGAGAUGGGAUGGGAACGAUUACUCGGAAUUAUGGAGGUGAGCCGAAUUAUGUCCGCAGUACACUGGGUCGCGGCGUGCCCAGCCAGGUACAAUCAGACGUACGACACACCGAGCGCAUCGAACACAAUGCUUUGCUUGGCCAACACGAACUCGAAGUCAAUGACGAAGACUUUGUUCAGCCACGAGCACUGUGGAAUAAUGUGUUUGAUGAAACUGAAAGACGGCAGUGGGUGGCAAAUGUUUCGGAGACCUUGGAAGAUGUGCCUACGGAGCUAAAGGAAGCCGUUAAGGGGAUGUUCAGUCAAGUUGAUCCGCGCAUUAGCCAAUUGAUGACUGCACAGGGGAAGACCAACUCGCAUCUUUAG